CCUCCCCUCUAAAAAAUCUUGAAAUAUUUAACAUCAAACCAAAAUGGGCUGCCAAGCAACCAACCUACACAAAGAAGAAAGAAAAUCCAAGAAGAACAGUGGUGACUAUCACUGGCCAGCUUUGGAGAGCAACCCUGAGAUUUUUACGAAGUAUCUGAGAGCUAUUGGGAUGGAGGAGGAGUGGCAAGUUUGUGAAAUUUUUGGGAUGGAUGAUGACUGUUUAGGGUUUGUGCCUAAGCCGUGCCUUGGAGUUAUCGUUACUUUUGAGAGGAAUGGGAGUAAUAUAGAUGAUGGAAGACCUGGGGAUGGAGAUUCAUCAGAUUUAGUAGAAUUUUAUAUGAAACAAAAUCAAAAGCUUGACAAUGCUUGUGGAAUCAUUGCAUGAUUGCAUACUGUACUUAAUCAUACACAAGAUGUAGAAAUCAUGAAAGGCUCUAUUCUAGACAAAUUUUGGAAAGAAGUAGAGGAUCAAAAUCCUAAACAAAGAGCUAAUUAUCUUGAAAAUUUCGAUGAAUUCCAAAAAGAACACAAGAAGUAUGCGUCUAAAGGACAGACUCAAGCCCCUACUAGCAGUAAACAAGUCAAGCACCAUUUCGUAGCCUUCAUUCUAAACAAAGAAGACCAACUUAUCGAACUAGACGGAACCAAAACCGGCCCUGCUCUCAUCCUCGAAGACUGCAAAGACCUCCUCAAAGGCGUCUCAUCAGAACUCCAAAGAAGAAUCAAGAACAAGAACAUAACCGAGUCCCUCUCAAUGAUGGCUUUUACUAAAACUCCAUAAUUCCUCAUCUCCAUCCCC